GUUUCACAGAAGAGAAAAAGUACAUCGCUUCUCAAGGUCCUGUCAAUCCUAUGGUAGGCGACUCCUGGAGAAUGGUUUGGGAACAGGAUGUCCAUAUAAUUGUGAUGGUUACAAAUCUUGUCGAAGAAGGAAAGAUGAAAUGUUUAAAGUACUGGGGCGAAAGAACACCGACAAUACACGGUAGCUUUUCGAUCACUCUCCUAGAGGAUAGAGAUUAUUCGUAUUAUACAAUCCGAACUAUAAGGUUGCACGAACAGGAUAAUCCAAAUGCAAGUCGAACUGUGACCCAGUUGAACUACACGACCUGGCCCGAUAAAAGCGUGCCGACCAGCAGCACAAGCCUCGUUGAUUUCUGGAGAAAGGUUAGAUGUGAAAAGAGGAAGGCAAAACAACCUUGGCUAGUUCAUUGCAGUGCUGGCGUUGGGCGCACGGGGACCUUUAUUGCAAUGGAUGUUCUCUACGACCAAGGAAAGAGCACAGGGACCAUUGAUAUCCCACAGUGUGUGACCAAUCUAAGGUCACAAAGGGUAAACAUGGUGCAGACAGCGAGCCAGUACCGGUACUUGUACAAACUGACCCUGGAAAUGUUGGUACUGCCCUCAGAACCCGUGACUGCGGAGCUGCUGGCUGAAGCCGGGCUUGAGAAAAUGUAUCAAGAUUUAUGCACGGAGGAAUCUCUGUAUGCAGACGAUAAUUCGUACAAAUCAGCAACGUCCGAUUCGAAUAAGAGUAAAAAUAGAUCGAUGGACAUCCUUGCACCUGAUGAAUAUCGCCCGUACUUGUCAUCCAACAUUCCGGACACGACCGAUUACAUCAAUGCUGUGGUUAUGCCGAGUUUUAAGCUGCCAGCAAGGUUCAUCAUAACACAGGCUCCUCUAGAACAUACAUUUGUUGAUUUCUGCAGAUUGAUAAUUGAAAGGGAAAUUGGACUUUUACUUUCGUUUGACGAUUCUUUACCUAAGGUAGGUACAUUUAUCCCAGGUGAAAGUGAAACGCGGUCGUUUUCAGGGAUAAGUUUGACAGGUAUAUCGCGUGAACAGAAGGAAGGUUCUGACUUUCAUACAAGAUCGUUCGACCUUACACUCAAACAAAAGGUAAUCAAAGACCCAUUGAAAAUUUGCAAAACUACACAUUGA